GUUCAGCUGUCAUAGAGAAGUAGUUGACCAAAGUUGUUAUUUUUUGUUUUUGUUGCACGCAACAAGUGUUCUCAUAGUAUAACAUUACGGUUGUACCACUGAUGUCACCUGAACUAUUUUAAACAUGUUGUUACUUCCUUUUUGGAUCCUGAAUUUGGUAGCUGCGUUGCUGUCUAUGCAGGGUCAGAAAGUUCUCGGAUUUCAUAAAACACAUCUUAGUUUGUGUUUUGAAGAUGAAUGAAGGUCUUAUAGGUUUGGAAUGACAUGAGGUAAGCAGGUGAAGGGCAGUGUGAGAAAGAGAGGGAGGGGAAUGACAGGAAGACACAGCAGGUGAGGAAACAAUGAGAUGAAAUGAUCAGAACAGAACACAGACUGGCAGAAGACAGAAAUAGAGUUUGAAAGCAUUUGGUGACAUUUGGAUUCGACUAAUUGUGAGAUGCUCGUGACAGUGUUAUCUGUAGCCAUGGUGAUGCUGACAGGUCACCUGAUUUAUGGGCUGCCUAUGGACGGAAAAAUGAGAAAUCCCAGAGCCCUUUCACAAAUGUGUGAUGCAGGAUAUUUCAAGUCAGGCUCUGAAUGUAGGCCAUGCAGUCCUGGUUUCUUCACCAAUCAGGAAAACAGAGAAUCCAGUUGCCACCGCUGCUUCCAGAACUGCAUACCUGAAUUCAACAUGAUGGUGGUGAAAAACUGCACAACCACAUCAGAUGUAGAGUGUCGAUGUCGAGAGGGUUACUUUUGUUCCUUGAUCGAUCAAUUCACGGGCCAAUGUGACAGCUGUGUUCGCAUCACCACCACAGUCUCAUCCUCCACCUCUGCUGACGUCCCUUCAUCCACUACUGCAUCCAGCACUUCAUUCAUCACUUCUUCAUCCAUAGAGAGAAUUGAGACGAAACGUGACAAUAGUGUUGUGGUGUGGGUUUUAUGUGGAUUAAGUUUUAUAUUGUUAUCCGCCAUCAUCCUUAUGCUGUUCUUCCGGCUCUGCAGAAAGAAAGAGAAGGAAUGUUUUAAGCAUUUUGUCAGGCAGUGCUCGUUGGGUAAUAUGGAGGCGGACAGUGAAACUACAGCUCCUCCCAGUCUACCAGAUGAGCAGCCUCAUGCCCAGGAGAUGCUGUCAAGUGGCAGCACACCCACAAGUCACAACACAGAAUGCUCCUUUCAUCAGCCAAUCAGCUCAGAGCAGGCUGUGCCUCCAGCUGGCAAUUUAGGCCCUCUUCACAUCUACGGUCCCCAGACGGUCUUUGUUAGUUUGCUCAAUCAGUUUGGAUGGGAUGGCGGCGAGAAAAAAACACAAGAACUCCAAGAAGAAUCGCUAAACAACACCAACAUGUCCUACCCUCAAUCUCCCCCCGUCCAUCUGUCCGAGGAGGAAAGGAGCAGAGAGAACGAUUUCAUCUUCUUCCCAUCUCAGGAGCAAGGGAAAGAGUGCCACAUAUCUAAAGAAGAGGUGCUGUGAGGGAUAUCGGAAUGAUUGUGUCCGUUCUUCUUCAAUACUCUUCAACUGCUGUGUGGUUUGAUAUAGCUGACGCUUCACGAGUACUUCACCAGUAUUAAAACUCUAACCCUGGCAGGGGAUUUCAUCUAAAGAGCAACAGGCUGCGUUAGGGGAAGACCUGGCUGUGUGACUAACAGUACGGACAACAUAAGUGUUGCAUACGAGCUUCAUGUCAGCUUCGCAAUAGCACACAUAAAGUACAUUUAUGGGUAACCACCGACUCUAAACCAUCAGAACGGCAGUGGGAUGCUGAUGUUGACUGCAUGAGGAAUCGAUACCAAAGGCUUUCAGGUCUUAUGAUGGUUGGGUGACUCUCAGGAAAGUGUUUGAAAGCAAAGAGCAGCUCUAAGACACUCUAAGACACAUAUGUUGACAUAUUUAUUUUAUGUAAAGUUUAUUAAAGUCACUGGAACUUCAGUGUGUCUUAUCAUUUCUUUUAAUACGAUCUAUCUAUCUAUCUAUGUAUGACUUAUGGGACAUUUAUAUCCUUGACAUUCUUGAAUAUUUGUAUUUAUUUACUGUUAAAAUUGUUAAAAACACAAAAACAGUUUUUUGUUCUCACGCAGUUUAUCGGUGUUCAAUCACGUUAAGUCCCUGGUUAAUGUUGUCAGUGUUCUUCCUCUUUUCUUUGGUUUUUAUGCGACAGACAUGAUGGAUUGUGCCAUCGAAAAGCCCUGACAUUUUGAUGGUGGUCUGGAAAUGUCAACAUUGUUUCUUCAUUCAGAGACAAUAAGCACAUGCAAUGGCAGUUGUUUCAUCAUAUAUUAUGUUUUAUAUUCGCUGUAAUACACAUUUUUAAACUUGAU